AUGAGUGCGUCGACGUAUUCGGACGCCUCUCUUUCUCGCGAAUCUCAAAGUUCUGACUUCGAGUUGACCAUUCGCCAGCAGCCCGAUCGGGCGCGCGUGGCUGGUGGGAAGGAGAAAGAACGCAAGCCAGUCGAUCCGCCACCGAUUGUGCAGCUCCGGGUGAGAGAGGAAGGCAGCUAUCUAGCACAACAUUACCUACAGAGUCCCUAUUAUUUUAUGUGUUGUAGUCUUUACGAUGCUACCGAAGAUACUCCAGUUCCUGUGGCUCCAUCUACAGCUUUAGCCGGCACCCUUGUUUCGUCUCUUCACCGGUUGAAGGAUGUGGACAAUAACGACGGGGGCUUCUUUGUGUUUGGGGACCUCUCCGUUAAGAUUGAGGGUGAAUUCCGAUUGAAAUUUACCCUUUUUGAAAUGAGAAAGGAGGUUGUGACCUAUUUGAAGUCUAUUGUUUCAGAUCGCUUUAAUGUAUCACCACCAAAAAGCUUCCAGGGAAUGGCAGAGUCGACUUUCUUGUCCAGGUCUUUCGCAGACCAGGGUGUGAAGUUAAGAAUCCGGAAGGAGCCGAGGACAUUGAUGAAACGGCCUGUUCCACGACCAGAGGACUUUCCCCAGCCAUUGCCCCCUCGCUCGCCUGACCGUUCUUCGAUUCAGAUGCAUGGGAACGCCACUUUUGGAGGGUACCCGGCAGCGAGCCGAGACUACACAUAUUAUGGAGCACCAGUCAAGCGGCAGCGCACGUCGAUUGAUUUUGGUAACAGAGGCAGCAUCUAUGACGCAGAUGGGCGAAUACGGCAAGUGGAUGCGUAUCCACAAACAGCGGCGGCCAUGUACCCGAAUCAGCCAGGGGCUUAUCAAACGCCUAUGAUGCCGGGGUAUGCCGCAGGACAUGCAGGGGUUCCAGAUUAUGCGAUGUCCUAUGGCAUUCCGUCAUCGGCUCAAGUUCCGCAGAUGCCAGAUCCAGGAGCCCAAAGUCGGCCCAGCCAACAAGCCACGAUGCAAUCUCUGGGCCUUGUGAACCAGCCAGGUACCCCUAUCGCGGAUUCGACUGGAGCGAUGAUGCCCCAGGGCUAUCCACGAUCGCAGUAUCAGCAACAAACCAGUUCCACAAUUCUACCUCCUCUGCAACGGAACCGCAACUACCCACAAGGAACUAACGGGGCGAGCACCAGGGGGUAUUUUGACCAAGGCUCCCAAGGGGCUACUCCCAUACUUCCAUCGCAGCCCAUGGCAAACGAAGCAGAUCGAUACGCCACUACACCCAAUCAAACGGCCUUUGAUCAUCCAGGCUCAGCGAACGGAACACCCCGAUAA